AUGGUAGUUGCGCAUUCCUAUAGGAAGUGCUUACGGGUAGCAGUGCUCUUGCUGCUGGCGAUAAGCAAUGAAGUCAGAGUUAAUGGUGAUGGUGGUAGCAGACAGCAGUGUGAGCAUAAUCCAGCACCAAAGGCAAGACCCCACACGGUCUCCAUCUUGGAGUUUGGAGCGGUUGGGGAUGGUAAAACAUUGAACACUAUUGCAUUCCAGAACGCCAUCUUCUAUCUCAAGUCAUUUGCUGACAAGGGUGGUGCUCAGUUAUAUGUACCACCAGGAACAUGGUUGACUAGAAGUUUCAAUCUUACAAGUCAUCUUACACUCUUCUUGGAAAAAGGUGCUGUCAUUCUUGGAUCUCAGGAUCCAUUUCACUGGGAAGUUGUUGAUCCGUUACCUUCUUAUGGUCGAGGAGUUGAAGCUCCCGGGGGAAGGUAUCAGAGUUUAAUAAAUGGAUACAUGUUAGAUGAUGUGGUGAUUACAGGUAAUAAUGGAAUCAUAGAUGGCAUGGGAUUGGCUUGGUGGGAAUUGUUUAGCUCUCAUUCCCUGAACUACAGUCGUCCCCAUCUGAUUGAAUUAGUAACAUCUGAUCAUGUGGUAGUUUCAAAUCUUACAUUCUUGAAUGCCCCUGCAUAUAGCAUCCACCCAGUUUAUUGCAGCAAUGUACAUAUUUACAAUGUUUCAAUUUCUGCUCCUCCAGAAUCCCCUUAUACCGUUGGCAUAGUACCAGAUUCUUCUGAUCAUAUUUGUAUAGAGGAUUGUGUCAUUGCAACGGGCUAUGAUGCAAUUGCCCUCAAAAGUGGCUGGGACGAAUAUGGCAUUGCCUAUGGCAGGCCAACUGAGAAUAUACACAUCAGAAGGGUUGAUUUGCAAGCUUCUUCUGGGUCUACUAUCGCAUUUGGCAGUGACAUGUCUGGUGGCAUUUCAAACAUUCUUGUGGAGAAUGUUCAUCUUUACAACUCAAGAAGUGGCAUUGAAUUCAGAACCAUGAAGGGUAGAGGUGGUUAUAUGAAGGAAAUCAUCAUAUCAGAAAUAGAAAUGGAGAAUAUAUACACUGCAAUUGCUGCCACAGGUUAUUGUGGAUCUCAUCCUGAUGACAACUUUGAUCCCAAUGCUCUUCCACUUUUGGACCACAUUAUUUUGCAAGAUAUAAUUGGCACGAACAUCACUAUUGCUGGAAGCUUUGCCGGACUACAAGAAUCGCCCUUCACAAACAUAUGCCUCUCCAAUAUAAACUUGUCUAUAAAUUCUGUUUUUUCCAUCCCUUGGGAAUGUUCAAAUGUCUCUGGAUUUUCAUAUUCUGUUCUUCCCAAACCCUGUCCUGAUCUUGAGACCCUUUCGGAUUGUUUCUCCCUUCUGAGUAUCAAGGGAAAAACUGCAGAUAUGUAA